CUAACCCAAGCUGCCUAUAUAGCCCAACUCGACGAGCACGUACACACAGUGUGACACGAGAGUAGCUAGGGUGACGAGACCGCGGCGGCGCGAGAUGCUGAAUCUCGGAGUACGUAGAUCGAGCUCGAUCGUCCGCGCGACCGACCAAUGCUUCCUGCUCCGACCAGCUGCUGCCGCGCCGCCCCGCCGCCGUCUCGCCCCUCCUGCCUGUCGCCGGCCGCGGCGGCGGCGGCGAGGAGGAGGAGGAUGGCGGCGGUGAGGAGCGCGGCGGCGUCGGCGUCGCGGGUGAGCAGAGAAGAGGCGGUGGCGAGGAUGCCGCCGCUGGCACACCGGGAGGUGAUGCUGGCGGUGGCCGGCGAGGCGGAGGCGCGGCUCGGGGCGCGGCUGCUGCCGUCGGAGGUGCCCGCCGACGUCGCGUGGUUCGGCAACGCCGCCGGGGACGCCGUCGGCUCCGUCGACGUGCGCCGCGGCGCGCCGGGAUCCUCGAUCGCCUUCAUGCUGGAGGCGUGGUUCCACCGCGAGCUCCCCGGCGGCGGCGGAGGCGCCAUCGACAUCACCGCCCUCAUCGUCAACCUCAACGGCGCCACCGACGCGCCGCACCUCGUCAUGGAGUUCAUCCAGGGCGGGCCGGCCUCCCUCAUCGUCCUCCUCGACCUCCUCCCGCGCGUCGACCUCCCGCUCCACCCCUCCUACAUCCACCGGUACUACGCCGCCACGGGCCUCGACGCCCGCGCCCGCCGCCGGGUCGCCGGCCUGGUGCCGCAGUCCCGCCCCUACGUCUCGCCGUCGCUGCUCGUCCGCAGCCUGUGGUCGCCGGCGGCCGUCGUGGCCGACGUCCAGUGCGGCGAGGGCCCUGGAGGGGCGGCGGCGCUGGACGGGAUCGUCCGCGGCGAGCUCGCCGCCACGGCCAUGGACGUGCUCGGCGUCUGGCUCGAGCACUGCGCCGGCGGCGGCGGCGGCGGGGAGAUGGAGGCGGCGGAGAGGGAGCGGAUGGUGGCGAGGGACAGGAAGGUGGCGGCGGCGGAGCUGGAGGUCAACCUGGCGGCGAACCUGCCGAGGAUGUUCGACGCCGGCGUCGCCGACAGAGUCGUCGCCGAGAUCCGCAAGGCGUUCAUGGGAAGCUAAUUAAGCAUUUUUUUUGCAUGGCUCUAGAGGCAAACUCGCUCGGUGAUGGGAUUGGGAGCUAGACCCUCUUCAAACUUGCGGAGAGCUAGAUUUCUGCAUAUAGGCAUAAGGAUUUUUCGGGAGUGUUUGUAUAGUGCUACUGUUGGAUGCUGAUUUUUUUUACCUAAACACCCGAAAUUUAAGAUUGGGAGUAGUAUAGAUAAUUGUUUGGCAUGUUCUAAUAUCUUCUUAUUAUUAGGCCCCACUAGAGACAAAACGCUACCUUGAUAAAUGAUUACUUGGAUCCAUAUCACUACGAAUAUGUAAUUUUAGAUAAAAAUUAGUACUAUUCACAAUAUCGGCUA